AUGGCGGACGAGGACGGGGAAGGGAUUCACCCUUCAGCCCCUCAGCGGAACGGCGGCGGCGGCGGCGGCGGCGGGUCCGGGCUCCUGGGCGCCGGGAACGGCGGCGGGGGCGGCCCGCGGGUGGUGCGCAUCGUCAAGUCCGAGUCCGGCUAUGGCUUCAACGUGCGGGGCCAAGUGAGCGAGGGCGGGCAGCUGCGGAGCAUCAACGGGGAGCUGUACGCGCCGCUGCAGCAUGUGAGCGCCGUGCUGCCCGGGGGGGCGGCCGACCGGGCCGGGGUGCGCAAGGGGGACCGCAUCCUGGAGGUGAAUGGCGUGAAUGUGGAAGGGGCAACACACAAGCAGGUGGUGGAUCUGAUCCGAGCUGGUGAAAAGGAAUUGAUCUUGACAGUGUUAUCUGUACCUCCUCAUGAGGCAGAUAACCUUGAUCCCAGUGAUGACUCAUUGGGACAGUCCUUUUACGACUAUACGGAAAAGCAAGCGGUGCCCAUAUCAGUCCCCACAUAUAAACAUGUGGAGCAGAAUGGCGAGAAGUUUGUGGUGUACAAUGUUUACAUGGCAGGAAGGCAGCUGUGCUCUAAGCGGUACCGGGAAUUUGCAAUCCUGCACCAGAACCUUAAACGAGAGUUUGCCAAUUUCACUUUUCCUCGCCUGCCGGGGAAGUGGCCGUUCUCAUUAUCAGAACAGCAAUUGGAUGCUCGACGUCGUGGGUUGGAGGAGUACCUGGAAAAAGUGUGUUCGAUACGAGUCAUUGGUGAGAGUGACAUCAUGCAAGAGUUCCUCUCGGAGUCAGAUGAGAACUACAAUGGCGUGUCUGAUGUCGAACUGAGAGUGGCUUUGCCAGAUGCCACCACAGUGACGGUCCGAGUUAAAAAGAACAGCACCACGGACCAGGUGUAUCAGGCUAUUGCAGCAAAGGUUGGCAUGGACAGCACGACCGUGAAUUACUUUGCCUUGUUUGAGGUGAUUAAUCACUCCUUUGUACGUAAGCUGGCUCCCAAUGAAUUCCCCCACAAACUCUAUGUCCAGAACUACACGUCAGCUGUGCCAGGCACCUGCCUGACUAUCCGAAAAUGGCUCUUUACUACAGAAGAAGAGGUUCUUCUCAAUGACAACGACCUUGCAGUUACCUACUUCUUCCAUCAGGCUGUUGAUGAUGUGAAAAAAGGUUAUAUCAAAGCAGAGGAAAAAUCGUACCAGUUACAGAAGCUGUGUGAACAAAGGAAGAUGGUUAUGUACCUCAACAUGCUUAGGACCUGUGAGGGCUACAACGAGAUUAUCUUCCCCCACUGUUCCUGUGACUCUAGGCGGAAGGGGCACGUCAUCACAGCCAUCAGCAUCACGCACUUUAAGCUACAUGCCUGCACGGAAGAGGGACAACUUGAGAACCAGGUGAUAGCAUUUGAGUGGGACGAGAUGCAGCGAUGGGACACGGAUGAAGAGGGAAUGGCUUUCUGCUUUGAAUAUGCACGAGGGGAGAAGAAGCCUCGCUGGGUUAAGAUCUUCACGCCGUAUUUCAAUUACAUGCAUGAGUGCUUCGAGAGAGUGUUCUGCGAACUCAAGUGGAGGAAAGAGAACAUUUUCCAGAUGGCCAGGUCACAGCAGAGGGAUAUGGCCCCCUAGCCCCCCCUCCCCCUCCUUAUGUCAGAGUAACCAUUAACACUUCCAAAAGAGGAGAAAAAGGAAAAAAAAGAAAAGUCAUUGUAUUAACAAGCCCUAAACCGAAUAUUAAUCAUCCCCCUUUGUGAAUUUCAUGUCUAUGGAACUGAGCUGGUAGAAAACAUAGGAUGGUCAGCAGCAGAAGCCAACCAAGUGGUCAUGUGGAAAGCAAAUACGCCCACCCAAGCCGCCAAAGGUGUUUUUGUCUUUUGCCCAGGCCUCACACCAACACACUUUCCUUGGACUAUUUUUAAAACUGGAACUACGAACUCCAUCCAUUUGCACUGUUCAAACAUAUAGAUGUAUGUAUGUAAAAAAAUUAUAUAUAUAUAUAUAUACACAAAUUAGCUGCACGUAUAUACAUAUAUAUAUUUCUUUUUAAAUUUCAUAUUGACGGCAGUACCUUUUUUAGCUUGCAUUUUUACACACCUUUCACCAGGUUUCAUUACUCUUGUCUCUCUCUCUCUCUCUCUCUCUUGUUCUUUUUUCCUUUGAAACAAACUUUAAAAAAAGAAAAAAAGAAAAAAAAUUUACAGGGAAAAUACCUCUCCUCAUGAAGGACUUGAAAAGUUUACAACCUGUUUGGGGUUUUUUUCUUCCUUUAUUUGUGUUGGGUGCAGAUUCGGGCUAGAGGUUUGACACAGAGCCUCAAAAGCAAGAAGCUUGGUUCUCUUUGCCUUCCAAGAGAUUGGAGGGCGGAGAUGCUGGGGAGAGGAAAAGGGACGGCCACAGGAAUGGCAGAGAAGAGUGGUCCGGCAGGGAGAGUGAGCUUAAGCAAGGCUGCUUCUCGGCUCUGAGGAAGGUGCCCCAGCUUCCAUAUCCUUCUUGUUCCUCCCCUCACCCAGCCACGUUCCGCUCUUUACUUCUCUGCUUGUCUGAGGAGCUUUCCCAGGGCUACAUACAGUAAGGCCAUGGCAUGGGCACAGCAAGUUGUUCUCUGUGCUCCAUUUCCUGCCUUGUGGUCGUCAUGCUCCUCUCUCCACUCCCAGAAUCAUUUUUGCCAGGAACAGUGAUUAAGGAACAGUUCUAGACCUGACAGCCUUGGACAUGAAACGAGGCUUUGUAUAGAGGAAGAAAAGGAAAGUAAUACCCUGUAUAUAAAAGCACUUCACCCAACAAGAGCACCAUUACCCUAUGAAAGUCACACGUUUAACAGUAGUUUUCUGGGGCAGUAGUGUUAGGGAGGGAUUUGUUCGUGAUUUUAUGAAUAACUGAUACCCUCAACCCUUUGCUCUGCCAACUGAUCCCGACCUGCGCCAUCAAAAUCAGUUGAGAUCCAAGGCAGGAGCCCCAUGAGAGAAGUGGUGGAUGACAGAAAUUGAGACGUAGAGAAAAGGGGAACCUUUUCCACUCAGAGAGCCCAUUCUGACUUGUUAGACCUUUGAACAAAGUAGUUGCGUUUGGAGGGCUCUGUGUGGGCUACAUUAAAAACACUAGGGUUGGGGGCAACUAGGUGGCGCAGUGGAUGGAGCACCAGCCCUGGAGUUAGGAGGACCUGAGUUCAAAUUCAGCCUCAGACACUUGAUACUUACUAGCUGUGUGGCCUUGGGCAAGUCAUUUAACCCCAAUUGCUUCACCAAAAAAAAAACAAAAAACACUAGGGUAGCCUGCGAUGCUGCCGUUCAUACUUCUCAACCUCUCUACUCCCCCCUAAAAAACAAACUCCAGAGUCAUGAGGGCGGCUUGGUCAGCUUUAUGGAAAGUAAUUCUAACUUGAGGUUAUUAAUCUCCCUUGAGCAGGACUUGGAGGGGUUUGAAAUUCAUUUUUUAUGAUCUCUGUCUCAAAACCAGAAAUGUAUUUGCAGAAAGUUGUGAGUCUACUUUUCUUCCUCUCUUUCCCCUCCUGUCGUCCUGGCAUCUGCCCACCUGGUGAUUUGGGUCUGCAUAGAACGCCUCUCCAUCCCUGCUAACUCAGGUGGACUUGGAAUCAGACUUUGCAGAGCUCAAGAAUGUGCUGAAAGUUUAAAGUUGUGGGAAGCGACUCCACGUUUGAAGGCUUUUACACAAGAUUGACGUUUUCAUUUGGGGUUUUUAACCAGUUUAAGACUGAGCCAAAAGCUUUGGACAGAGAUUAUGCUGGCUUCCUCCUCCAAGGUGCUGGGAGGUUUUUGGCCACAGUUUUGUUCAUGUUUCAAAAUGAUAGAAACCUGCCCCUCUCUGUCAGGAGGAGGGACAGACCAAUCAGAGAACCCAAGAAUAGCAGAAUCGCCGGCCUCGGAAUAGUGAGAGAGACAUAGUUAAUGUCAUUUGGAUUUGCCUGCCCUCUUUGCAUGGUGAUGGAAAGACCAAUGCUGGGGAGGAAGAGAUGAGGGAGUAAUGCUUUCCAGAUAAUGUCCUCUUGAUUUCCUUUUCAGUUUCCCCCUAGAUGGUUCCCCCCUCCCCAAAUCUCUACAGUAUGCUGCAGCUGCCAUAGUCCCUUCCUGACCCUGUACAUUUAUCCUUUUAUGCGUGGGCAUUCUGGGAAUGGAGCCCCAUGGGAAGAUGCCCAAAGGCUGGAUGUGAUAGUCUGUGGGCAAUCCCCUCUUGAAGCUGCAUCAUGAACAAAGCAUCCCGUUUGCAGCACAGAGGAAGAGACCCUCCCCCCACCCCCAAAACACGCUAUACCUCAGGCUUCUGGUGGCACAGGUCAGCAUGGCUCCAGGGUCUUGCAGGUUAGGAAAAUGAGCCCAUCUCCCAUGAGCCAGUGUUAGGUCUGACAUACUUCUCUCCCUCAUUUGGAGUUCCCUCUACUCCUUUCCAUUCUGGGGUUGGUGCAGCCUAAAUGUAUCCCCCAGUAGAGCCAGCAGGGUCUUCCUGGCCCCCUCCCCCUUCCUCCCACUGCCUUUGGCUCCACUUUGUUUCUGUUCUCUGAGGCAAGUGCUGAGAGCUCUGAGGGACUGAGGAAGAGAGCCGACCUGGGCUCACUCCCGCGUUUUAGGGAGGCCCCCUUUGGCCAGGUCUCCUAUUUCCCGAGGCCCAUAAAUCUUCAGCCAAUCUCUCCGACUUUAUACUUUGCAGAAGCAUUUGAUAGUUUUUUAAUGGUUUUGUGCUUUUCCUAUAUCCGCUCCUAAGUCCCAUAGGGAGUCAGCUCAGCUACGGUACAGAUCUGAGGGUGCUCGUGGCAGCUGCUUGGCCUGAGCUCUCAUGGAGGAAUUCGAACCGAGGCUCCCAAACCACAGCCCUUGCCUGCGUUAAAGAACUCUGGUGACUGGUCCAAGUGAGGCCCUGACGGGCUUACCUCAGCCUCCUUGUAGGUCCAGGUCACCGUCUGGAACAGGCCCUCCGAAGGCCUUUCUUCUUCUGUCCCAUUCCCCAAAUCCAUUGGCUUAGGGGCCUGGCUCCUGGGCAGCAGUGUUCCCCAAAGGUUCCCAGGCCUGGUUGAUCUGUAAACCUUGGGGACUUCUGCUGUGGCCACUCCUCUCUUCAGGAGCCUGUCAUCCCUAAGGCUGUGGGCUGGAUUGAUUGGUAGCAUGUGAGGACCCCAUCGUUGGCUCUCCAUAUGCCCUUCCAGUAUUCCUUUCCAUAUUCAGUGGCACUUUAUCUUGGGGGGGAUGAGGAAGAUGUGGUGGUGUGCAUGGAGGAAGAGGAAGCUUUUGACCUUAGUGGUGGGUGUUGGGGAUAUACUGAGCUCCCCUUUCCCCCCAGUCUUCCUGUACCACUUCCUCUGUCUCUCCACGCCAUCCUCCCCCAGAUCCCAGCACGUCAUUUCAAGCCUCAUUCAUCCCAGGGCAGCAUUGCCUUGCUGUCCACACUAAUAAUUUGGAAUGCAUGGACAGUUUAGAACUAUGGAAAGGAAGGCUAAAAGGAGAGAGGGAGAAUGGGCUGGGGAGUUUGGGCCAACAGCUCACAUGGAAACCAAUGUUGUAUCAUGUUCCCCUUUUUGAACUUAGGAUCUGGUCUCAGCUCUCUCCCCAGGCCAUGCACUCUUUUAAUUUAUUUGAGAGAAACUCUAAUUGUAUUUUCACUGCAGUCUCUUGUAUUUUUUAUUUGUGAUUUAAGAAAUGUGAAGAGAAAACACACAGUGGCUAACAGUGUUUCUUUCAUUCCUUGUUCUAGAGCUAACCACUCUACGAUUGUUUGGUAAUGUCACUUAGUGUAAUUAAUUGUAACAUAUUCUUUUAAAUAAAUUGAUUUAUUGAUGAAA